AUGGUAAAAUAUCUUUGAAAUUAAUUAGUGGAAAUCGUGUAGAGAUAAUAUCAUUAUAUAAUGAAUUUGUUUUACAAUGUUAUCCAUCACGUUAUAUGACAAUUUGGUCGUUUAAAUUGUUUAUGGAAAAAAUUUUAUCACCACCAGCAUUAUCCAAUGAUAAAGUUGUACAAUAUUUUCGAUCAUUUGAUCGACAAAAAUUAUCAUAUCUAAAUUUUAAUAAUCUAUUGCUUGGAUUAUUGAUUGUUGGAAGACCAUUUGCAUGUUGUCCAUCAACAUCAACAUCCACAUCACCAACGACGACAACAACAACAACACCAUCAACAAUAUCACCAUCAACAAUAUCACCAUCAACAACGAAAACAGUACCAUCAACAAUGAACACAACAACAACAACAACAACAUCAUCAUCAUCAAAUCAAUCAAAAGAAUGUUGUCCAUGUCGAAGACUAAAAUAUCGUUUAUUAUUUAAUUUUUAUUCAACAUCAUCAACUAAAAUUAAUCUAAAUGAUUUAUAUAAAAUGAUUAUCGAUUAUAGAAAAAAAAUUAAAACAGGAUCAUCAACAAGAUUUCAUUCAAGACUUAAUGAAUUUAAUGAACAAAAUAAUGAUUAUGAAACAAAAAUACGACAACAAUUGGAAGAAAGAUUUCGUUCACAGACAGAAAUUCCAAUGGAAUUAACAUUCAAACAAUUCAAUAAUCAUAUUCAAACAGGACAAUUAUUUCGAUUACUUGGUCUAGACAAUAUAAAUGUUGAUGAAUAUUUUGAUAAAAUAAUACGUUUAAAUAUUGAAAUUGAUGAUCUAAUAUUACCAUUAUGGCGUCCAUUAAAAUCAACAGCACAAUGGAUUGCAUUACGAUCAUCAACACAAUCAACAUUACGAUGUUAUCCAUGUAAACGAACAAAAUAUUAUUUAUCAACUUAUUUUCAUACAUUAUCCGAUGUUGGUGAAGUAACCGAAGUAAAUCGAUUAGAUAUUGAAAAUAUUAGUCCAUCAACAAUAAAUGGUGUUGGUGGAACAACAGCAAUGAAUGUUGUUAAACAAUUUCGCCAGGAUAUGCAAGAAACUGAAAUACAUGUAUUAGCUAAUGAUAUUGUUAAUCGUUUGACAAAAGUUGGUUCAUUUUUAUUUGAUUCAUCUAAUGAUAAUGAAAUUGUUAAUGUUGAACAAUUAACAUUAUUGGAUAAUUGGUUUUAUAAUGAAAAAAUUGAAAUGAUUAAUAAUUUGAAAAUGAUUUGUGAAAAAGUAGAAGAAAUUUUUUCAACCGAACCAAGAUUAGUGAAUAUUUCAUCACCAUGCUAUGUAUUAGGCGAUAUACAUGGAAAUUUAAAAGAUUUAUUAUUAUAUUCACAAAUAUUAUGGAAAUCAACACCAUUCAUCAAUCAAAGUUGUUAUCUAUUUCUUGGUGAUUAUGUUGAUCGUGGACAAUAUGGUGUUGAAUGUAUUAUUUAUUUAUUUUGUAUGAAAAUUCUUGCACCACAUAAUUUUCUUAUAUUACGAGGUAAUCAUGAAAUUCGUGAUAUACAACAACAAUUUUCAUUUUAUGGUGAAUGUUGUACAAGAUUUGAACUAGAAUUAUGGGAUUCAAUCAAUAAAGCAAUGGAUCGUUUACCAAUUACGGCUAUAAUUGAUAGUCGUUUAUUCUGUGCACAUGGUGGUAUACCGAUUACAAUAACAACAUUGGAACAAAUUCGUUCAGUACCAAAACGUAUAGAGAAUCCAUUAUAUUCAUCAUUUGAAACAUGGGAAAUAUUAUGGAAUGAUCCAGUAUCCGGUAAUGAAUUGGCAAGAAUUGUUGAAUUUGAAAAAGAUUCAUUGGAACGUAGUUUUGUACAGAAUACACGUCGUGGUACAGCAUUUCAAUAUACUGAAUGGGCAGUUGAUAGAUUUUGUCAACGUAAUCAAAUUGAUUCAAUAAUACGUGCACAUGAAGUUUAUCAUGAAGGUUUUCAUUUUGAUCAUCGUGGUAAAACAAUGACCAUAUUUUCUAGUUCAAAUUAUUCUGAAUUAACAAAUCGUGCGGCUGUUUUAUUUAUUGAUCGUGAUCGUUUACGUAUUAUACAGGUAAUAAAUUGUGAAUCGAAGACUUAAUUCGGCAAAAA